AUGAUCAUCUCAAGAUUUAGCCUUUAUCUCAUUAUUAUAACCACAGUAAUUGGGCUUUUAUCCUCUACAUCAAAAUCAAUUCGUUUCGAGCUAGAAUCAGGACACACGAAAUGCAUAGCAGAAGACAUCAAAAGCAAUUCUAUGACUGUUGGAAAGUAUAGUAUUGUUAACCCCCAUGAUGGCCAGCCUUUGCCCGAGUCACAUAAACUCACUGUCAGGGUGACAUCGAGUUACGGGAAUAGUUAUCAUUAUUCAGAGCGUGUGGAAUCAGGGCAGUUUGCUUUCACGGCGGCGGAGGCAGGGGAUUAUAUGGCGUGUUUUUGGGCGGCGGAUCAUAAGCCAACAGUGACUUUGACUAUUGAUUUUGAUUGGAAGUCUGGCGUGGCUGCUAAGGAUUGGACCAAUGUUGCCAAGAAAGGCUCCAUUGAUGUUAUGGAAUUGGAGCUGAAGAAAAUGUAUGACACAGUUAUUUCCAUUCAAGAGGAAAUGAAUUAUCUUCGUCAAAGAGAAGAAGAAAUGCAAGAUCUGAACAUAUCUACUAAUGUAAAAAUGGCCUGGAUGAGUUUUCUUUCGAUUGCUGUAUGUUUAUCUGUGGCAGGCUUGCAAGUGUGGCAUUUGAAGGCUUUUUUCCAGAAAAAGAAGCUCAUUUAG